AUGCCUCCUGUCACAGCGAUAGAUUUCCUUGAAAACCAGCUAAAGCUAGAAAAAGAGGCUAGAGAAACCCUUCCUUAUGAACCUGACAAGUGCACUUACCCCCAGCCCCUCAGACAACUUGUCUUUACAUGUCUCACUUGUCUGAGAGCCAACAACAAUACACCUAUUGGUGUUUGUUACCUGUGUCUGAUUCAGUGCCACAGCACCCAUGAGUUGGUCGAGUUACUCCCGAAACGGUCGUUUGUGUGUGACUGUGGAACGACCAGAAUGAAGAACGGCCAUGCCUGUGAGUUGAGAAUGAGACAGGCUAAGGAGGAUGCAAAGAAUCACAAUCCUGGCGUUCUGGGCAAUCAAGGACCAAGUGCUGGUCAGCAUAGUCACCAGAGUAAUCAGAAUAGUGACAGACCUCCGAGCAGGCCACAUCAGCUGCUGAGUCAGGGGAUCCCCAAACUACGAGCUGGUCUCUCGCCUGCUCAUUUCCAUAGCUUAUCUUCACUGCAACUUCCCGCUGAAGAUGUGCCUAGUUCGAGUAACACGUAUAACCACAACUACAAGGGACGUUUUUGCUCAUGUAACGAGUUAUAUAACCCCAUGAGAGAAACAAGAACAAUGCAUCAAUGCUACUUUGGGGAGUUCUGCGGCGAGGACUGGUUCCAUCAAGAUUGCAUCAUGGGAUACAAGCCAGGCAUGUUUAGUCACGACCAACCAGAACCUAGUGAGAAUAAGCUAGCCCUGCUUCCAUCCCCAGGCUUGGAUGCUGAACACGACAGAACCAAUCUGGACCCUGGCUAUCUUGGAGCCAAAAGCAAUGGUUCGGAUAAGCCCAGCACUUCAAAUGAAGCCGAGAAUGAGGUAAGGGAGAAUCAGCAUGACGUGCCUCAAAGUUCACUUCCUGACCAUGCGGACUCUGAUUCGGAAGAAGCCGACGUGAUACCAUACUUCCCUGCUUUGGAUUCUUUUUCUGAGUUUAUCUGUUGGGGUUGUAUCGACGCUUUCAAAGAGGCCUUUGACGAGCUUUCCACCAACUCUAAGAUUGUGGCUGCAAAACUUCCUCAUUUCGAAGGCAUUUGUUCUGCUCACGAAUGGAAAACCCGCUAUGACCAAUAUGUUGAUGGUGAACCACAAUCGAAAAAGACAAAGAAUGGUAAGGAGAACAGGCAACUCUACACACUUUUUCUUCGUGAUGGUUUCAAAGAGGAACUCAUCAAAACAAAGGAAUCUGCUCCUACCGACUCCCCAGUGGGAGCUUUGCUCAGAACAUUUGAUUUCUUGUCCGGAGACGAUGUCGUCUAUUCACCAAAGGAAGACACAGACGUAAGCUCAUCUACAGGCUCGCUUUACGAUAUGGGCACUGAAGCCCUCCAAGCAUUACCCGGGCAACAAGCUAUCGAGGGGUUACAUGCAUAUGGUUUGAUGAAAUCUCGACUUCGAGACUUCUUCCAAGGUUUCGUUGACAAGAAAAAGGUCGUAACCGAGGACGAAGUUCGGGACUUUUUUGAUAAUCUCAAAAACUCUAACUAG